GGACGUGUAAUUACGUUUGUGUUAGCUUGUGGCGCAUUGACACCAUGAAAUCAGAUGGCCCCAUAAAGCUCGGCAGGAAGAGCAUCACGCGUGAAACGCGUUAUUGUUUAGAUAGUGCCGUUUCGCGCCACUCGCUCGUCACAAUGAUCACUGACUACUCUCUGUAUGUUACGAAUUCAUCAACAUGUACCAGCUACUGGGAAAAUAUUACAGUUUUAUCCUUGUUUAUGAAAAAAUAUAUUGUGCCAAUCGCAGUUUCACCGGUGUCGUUCAUACAUUUCUUACGAUCGGAGUAAGCGGAAACGAAGUGCUACAUCUGAUUGGCGAACCAGACUUUCGCGACGUGAGACUACGAUGGGAAUACGGCAAACCUGAUGAAGAAGAUCGGCCGAAAGUUUUGGCGUUCCAAGUGCAUUAUUGCGAACUGCAAGCAUGGGGCCAAUACCGCUGUAGGACCAAGGUGAUCGACACAGCAGAAGACGAAAAGGCCACUAAACCGUCGACAAGUAGUACAGAAGCGGCUCCAACUACAACCACGAGUCAACCGUCGGCAGUGAGACGCGGGCGCAUGUACAGCACGCGAAUCGUCGGCUUGCGAAUGGCUACCACAUAUUCCUUCGAAGUCAGACCAGUACGAAGAGAUGCAAGAGAUUUAGCAGAUCCACAAUCGAUAAGCUCGAAAAUUAUCAUCGUUCCCACGAAAGGAUUUUCGGCGCGUGCUACACAAUGCCUGCCACACGCCAGUGAGGUCGAGGUAUCAACGGGUCCGUUUUUUGGAGGUCGCAUCGCCGUUGAAGCUGCUGAUGGUGGUCCGGAACGUUGCUCGAUCCAAGGCAACCCGAACAGCGCACAAGACGCCUACAUCUUGCGGAUACACCAUGACGAAUGCGGCUCCGAAGUAAACGACACUACUGUCGCCACCUACGUUAUAGUGCAAGAGAAUCUUCCUAUUCUGACGCAUAGCACGAGACGAUUCUUAGUCCUCUGUACUUAUAAGCCCGAGACACUGACAGUGAGAGCCGGAAUCAAUUUACCAAAAUCGAACCCCGGGGAUGUACUUCACCAACAUAAACCAUCGAGUGGUUCAGUCGAACCUUACGAGAAUCAGGACAUGGACUACAAUGAGUUACAACCUGCCAGACUGGAAGCGAGAAAAGAGGAGCCACAACAAAGUGCGUUUGGUGAGGUCACCCUGGUCAUGUUUUUAGUAGUGGCUGCGUUUGGCGGCGUGGCUCUGUUAAUAUGGAAGGUGGUACCGCAAGCUGACAGAGACAACAUAUCUAUCGCGACGGUCUCAUCGCUGACACGAAGCGGGUUCUUCAGCAGGCGGAAUAAAGACAGGUUCUCUGACAGAAGCUCUGUCUACUCUAUCUCGCUAUCCGAAAAAGACGAAGGUACUCCAAAAAAGCCUAACGAUGGUGACAACACUUCCGAAGCGUAAACUUUCAAAAUAUUUGUGUGAUUUAUUUUUAAUUUAUGAUAUUAGUAGGUACACGGUUAAGAGGGGAUGUCAGUGUGAUCAAUAAUCAAAUAGAUGUAGGUAUACAAACCAAGGGUGUACUUCCUAUCUUGUGACAUUGAUAUAGCAGCUCAUGGCGUGUCGAUAAGAUAAAAAGCACAUUAAGAAGACUUUGUUAAGCUUAAUAACUAUAUAUUAUUAUGUAGUAAUGUAAAUAAAAUAUUGACCCCUGAAUAUACGUAAAAUGCUUAAAUGAUUUGACUUUCCUAUAGAUUAUAUAUUUUUAAUAUUAUAAUGUGACCAGUAUUUGUCUCGUUCUUGGAUUAAUAUCAUUAAAUUUAUGCAAUGUUUGCCAUAGAUAUUAUUGACUAAAUUUAAUUUAAGACUUGUGGGGCGGGCAUACGGAACCUUAUAAGUUUGGAAUUGAUUUCGGUACAUAUUUAUAUUCAAUUACUAAUGGCAGUAUGUAGUUAAACAAAAUUCCAUGUUUGUCUGUAUAUCCGCUAGAGUUGACUGUAAUUUUAAGUUAAUACAAAUAAAAAAAGAGUGUGAAUAAAACAAAUAAUGUGAGA